AUGUUCAGGCAAGUGUGGACGCACCCAGACGAUCGAAAAUUUUUGAAGGUCGUUUGGAGGUCGAGGUCUACGCUGCCACUGAAGCUGUACCAAUUGAAGACCGUAACAUAUGGACUCGCAUGUUCACCAUACCAAGCAGCACGUGUAUUGAACAAGCUUGCUGAGGUCGAAGGAGAUCGAUAUCCACUUGCUGCACUCGUAGUCAAGAAACGAUUUUACGUCGACGAUGUCCUGGCAGGAGGAGUUAAUAUCAAAGAAGUUGCUGAGACCUGUCGUCAAUUACAGGAUCUUCUUGCUCAAGGAGGAUUCACUCUUCGAAAAUGGUGUGCCAACGAUCCGAGUGUGUUGCAGCACAUUCCCCAAGAAUUUUGGGGGACUUCUCCCCAAUUGGAAAUUGGCCGCAGUGCGAUCACGAAAGCCCUUGGAUUAUUGUGGAAUCCGAGAACCGACCGAUUUGGAUUCCAGGUGCCUUCUCUUCAGAAGCUCGAUGUUAUCACCAAGCGUACUGUAGUGUCCGAAAUGUCGAGGUUGUUCGACCCUCUUGGCCUUUUGGGGCCAGUCGUAAUCAGUGCCAGAAUGUUCGUGCAAGGAUUGUGGGCGAAACGGCUGGAUUGGGAUGAACAAUUACCAGCGCAUGAAAAUCGGUGGUGGCAAGCUUUCCGUGAUGAAUUGGAACAACUAAAACAGAUCACCGUACCAAGAAUUCAAGCCACUGAAAACAAAAUUGACUAG